AUGGCUGGACACAACUGGAAUCUAGGGGCAAAGAAGACUAUAGAAGCUGCCCAGAAAGGUCAGAUACUAAUUUAUCUGCUUAAUCUUAUUUUAGCCACCAAAGUCCUUGGCACUGUUAAAUGGUUCAACGUCAGAAAUGGAUAUGGAUUCAUAAAUCGAAAUGACACCAAAGAAGAUGUGUUUGUACAUCAGACUGCCAUCAAGAAGAACAACCCACGGAAGUACCUGCGCAGUGUAGGAGAUGGAGAAACUGUAGAGUUCGAUGUGGUUGAGGGGGAGAAGGGUGCAGAAGCAGCCAAUGUGACUGGACCGGAUGGCGUUCCCGUGGAAGGGAGCCGUUACGCUGCUGAUCGGCGCCGUUACCGACGUGGCUACUAUGGCAGACGCCGUGGGCCUCCCCGUAAUUACGCUGGGGAGGAGGAGGAGGAAGGGAGCGGCAGCAGUGAAGGAUUUGACCCCCCUGCCACUGACGGGCAGUUCUCUGGGGCCCGGAGUCAGCUGCGCCGCCCCCAGUAUCGCCCUCAGUACCGGAGGCGGUUCCCGCCUUACCACGUGGGACAGACCUUUGACCGUCGCUCACGGGUCUUUCCCCAUCCCAACAGAAUGCAGGCUGGUGAAAUUGGAGAGAUGAAGGAGGGAGUCCCAGAGGGAACGCAACUUCAGGGACCGGUUCAUCGAAACCCAACUUACCGCCCAAGGUACCGGAGAGGCCCUCCUCGCCCCCGACCUGCCCCAGCUGUUGGAGAGGCUGAAGAUAAAGAGAACCAACAAGCGGCCAAUGGUUCAAACCAGCCAUCUGCUCGCCGUGGAUACCGGCGCCCAUACAACUACAGGCGGCGCCCCCGUCCUCCUAAUGCUCCUUCACAAGAUGGCAAAGAGACCAAGGCAGGCGAAGCGCCAUCUGAGAACCCCGCUCCAGCCACCGAGCAGAGCAGUGCCGAGUAACACCAGGCUCCCCAGGCACCUUCACCAUCAGCAGGUGACCUAAGGAAAUUAAUGACCAUUAGAAAAAGAAAGCACAGAGCAGACCGUGACCUUACCAACACCAAAGAGACAUGCAAGCAAUAACAUGGAAGAGUCAUGACCAAGAUGUGGACAUUAGAACGUUUACUAUCCUUUAUGAAACAGACAACUAUGAAAGGAAAAUGUCAGCCAAGUUUCCUAGCCAGCUGAGAUCCGGGAAUGCCUGCACACAAGACGAGAGAGCAACCUCCCCAGUUUCAGCAACCACUAGGUUUAUAUUUUUUUUCCUGGUUUUUACUGUUUUGGUAAUAUAAAUUGAAAGAAGAAAUAUUAAUACCACAUGGGGAGAACCCCAACCAAAGAAAUCUGAAAUAUAUAGUAAAUGCUUUUUUUCCCCCUUUUUUGUUCAUUUUGGAUGCUGGUGCUAAACUUCCAAGUGUCGUGAUUUAAAAAGAAAUUUUAUGCCCUUCUUAUUUAUUUCUAGGAUGAGGGGAGGAUAACAUUUUUGCUUUCUUACGUGACUUGCUAAAAAUGUGCAGUAUGGAGUUCCUCAAAAAUAAAAUUUUUACCCUUGAAAGGAAAUGAU